CAACAGACGCGUUACGUAUUCGGUAUGGACACCGCAUAUAAUUAGAUUGUAUUUUCGUCCACUUUUCCUGUCAAACUCACAACAAAACAAAAAUGCCCGAAAUUAUUGAAGCGAAGAGCGAGAAUCUUAUCGCCGAUUCAACAGAGUUUGAUCAAAAACCCAUGGAUAGUCUAAUAGACGCGCCGAAAAAAGAACUUACAUCGCAUCCACCUGUUUUACUACCGGCCGCACGGAGAAGACGGUCAAGCUCGGCGCGAAGUACUGUUAAAACAAAGGAACCCGAAGUUGUUGCGCGAAGAAACGCAAGAGAGCGUAGGAGAGUGAAAUUAGUGAACGAUGGCUUUCUUCGUUUACGAAAGCACGUCCCAACUGAUCCAAAAAAUAAAAAGCUAAGCAAAGUAAAGACAUUACGGAGUGCCAUCGAGUAUAUUCGCCACCUGCAGCAAUUAUUAAGUCAAGCAAGUAAAAAUUCCAGUCUGCAAUUGUCCGACUUUACUAAACUGGACGUCCUUCAAGGCACUACGGUCAACGGACCGAAUAAUUGGUUUCCCAAUUUGGACUUGACAAAAAAGGAUAGCCAGGGUGCGGCGGAAUACAAAGAUUUCGAAGACGCGUUUUUCAACGCUCCUGCGAGGAUACUACAGCGAGGGCCACUGCAACUUUGACCAGCUUUGGUGCAAGAGCUUCCAAUGUUUGACAAAUAGUCAGAAUAAAACCAAAAUGGCGAAAAUUGACGUCUACAUUUUCGAAUGUCAUAAUAUCUAUCUAUACAAAUAUCUCUAUAAAACUGAUUGCGGAUCACUAUACUGAAAAAACCCCAUCAUAAUUAUUUAUAUCGAAGUCAAAAGGCAAAACAUUAGACAAACUUUCUUUGUGAACGGCGGAUUGAAUUGGAUUGGUACUGGACGAUCUAGUCAGAGACAUAUGGGGUUUGACAUUGGACGUCAAACGAUCAAAUAGCUUCUACCACUGUCUAGAUUAAAUUCAAAUUUUACGUCGACCCUGUAACGUCGUUGUGACGUGUACAUGCACCCAAGAUGGCGGACAGCUCAGUUGUUUCAAUUCAAUUAUAAAUAUCACGAGGAUCAUAUAAGAUGACGAAAACUACGUAGUAGUGGCUUAAAACGUAUGUAGGUAUAUAAAAUAUGAAGUGUUCUUUUAAACAACGCAGGUUCAAUUUUCGUUGCAAAUGUUCUUCCAAAUGAAAUAUGAUUGACGAACAUGGUUAAUAUAGAAGCGAUAUUCCCUAUUGUGUAAAUAUGUAAUGAUGUUUCUAUUUAUCUAUAUAUAAAUGGAAGAAAACUCAUUUUGUGUAAAUGAUCAUAAUUUCUAGCUUUUUGCAUCUGCUCACACUGUGACCUAGCGGCGUAUCUUUGCGUUAUAUAUGAUUGCUCAGUAGAAUAUACUUUAUUCAUGUUAGUACUUAUAUAUAUACGGAGAAAUUCGUUUCAUACAUUCAGCUAACAUGUGUAUAUCAAAGAAACACUGCUGAACCUCGAAAUUACUUUAUGGGAUCCUACCAGAUGUUACCAUAGCAAAUUAUCCCGCCAUAUUUCGGUCUUGAGAGAGAAACUUAAUACGAUAUCCUUGUGACUGUACAAACGAUGAUCAAAGCUUAAUUGACUUGUGCAUUUUUAAUAACGCUUCAUGAACAACUAUGAACAAUGCAGUAUUCAUGCGAGCGUGGCAUUCGUAACAGAUGACGAAUUGAAUAAAAUUAAAGAAAAUUAAGCUGAGGAAAUUAUGAAUUAGAGAUAAUACAAAAAAGAACACGCGAAAUUCCCAGCGUCCAACGCAAGUUGUCUACCAUUCUCUUUAGGAUGAAUAUUCUCACGAAGUUCAUACGUGCAUGCAUAGUAUAU